UUGGUCACGUGAUGAUCGAGCUUGAGCAAUGUGUCUUUUGUUGGGAGUCAGAGGAGUUGGGAAGACGUUACUUCUUAAGCAAUUGCAAGCUGUUCUGUCAGGUGAACAAGUAAACCAAAAGGAGACACCACCAACUAUCCCAACAGUGGGAACUAAUUUGGUGACUCUGAAAUUUGGCAAGAAAACAUGUACUGUGAGAGAACUAGGAGGCUGUAUGGCGCCAAUAUGGAACAGCUACUUUAAAGGAGUUACACACUUGAUAUUUAUGAUUGACUUGGCUCAUCGUCAACAAGUUGCAGCAUCGUGUAUUGAGCUGUUGAACUCUCUCUCAUCUAAUGAUCUUCAAGAAGUUCGCGUUCUUAUACUCUUCAACAAAAUAGAUAUAGAAGUUCCGGUGGGUAUGACGUUUACUGAAAUCAGUUCCAUUCUCAGACUUGAUGACAUUAUGUCAACAUCACCACAGACAGUUGAUGUUUUGCAUUGUAGUGCUAUUAGAGGUGAUGGCCUGAGUGAAGUCGUCCAGUGGUUGGAAACUCAUGCAUCUCACAACUAAACAUAGAGACUAGUCGAAAAGCACACUUGGAGGAUGGUCUAGUACAUAUAAAUCUAUGUAAUUUAUGUAUAGUUGCAAUGAGAUAUUGAUGCACAUUUUUCUAUGUUUUCCAAACAAGAUCUUUGAC